AUGAACAAUUUUUCAGUCACUGAAGUACCACAGGACAAAGGGACCAAGAUGGCCAAAGCCUGGUCCAGGAAGACAUUUCUCCUGGGGGGCCGGGAGGGCUGCGGGGCGGAGACAGCCCCGCCUCGUGUGCAGCCGCCCUCUCCCUCCCCAGAGCACGGUGCCAGCGACAACCCUUUCCACUUGUCCGGAGAUGCGGAUUUCUUCGUGCUCAGAGAAAAGGAGAAGAGAAAGGCCAUCUUGGAGCGGGAGCAGAAGAAGAAUCUGCGGGUGCACCAGAAGAUGACCUACUCUUCCAAGUUGCUGGCCCGGCACGGCAGCCUCCGCCGAGAGCUGCAGAUGGAGGAGGACACCGACGACCAGGAGCUGAUCUCCGAGGCGGAGCGGCUGCGCUCCAUCAAGGACAACACAGCCUGGAAGCUCGCCAUGACCCAAGAAAAGAAAGUGGAGCCCGACAGGAUGAACAGCUACAUCCAACAGAAGCGAGAGAUGUUCCUCAUCCAGUACAACCUAGAAAUGAAGCGGAAUGAGAUGCAGCGGCUGGAGAUGCUGGCCGCGCGGGAGGAAGGCAGGCUGAAGAAGGCCGAGAAGUCUCUGGAGAAGGACGCCUCCUUGUUUGAUGAGUUCCUCAAGGAGAAUGAUCGCAGCUCCGUGCAGGCCAUGCGCGUAGCUGAGAAGGAGACCAAAGCGAAGAUGGAGAAGAUCGUGGAGAUCCGGGACAUCACCACUCAGAUCAUGAAUAUCAAGAGCGAAAUCUCCAAAUUCGAAGACUCACUACAGCGCUGCAAGUUGUAUAAGGACUUCCUGUACAAGAUGUCGCCUGAGGAGUGGCUAGAGGCGCAGAGCAGGAAGCAGCUGGCUUUCAAAAGGGCCAAGGAGAUGGCUGCAGCCCCCAAACCCAGCACAUCCACAGUGGAGGACAAAGGGUUAGGACCAGGAAUCAAGAGCAAGGCUGCUUCCCAAUGGUCCAAAGAGCCCGGGAAGAAGUCGGUCAAGCUUGCGGGGUCGGAGCCAGCGGUGCGCAGCAGCAGCCACCUGCAGCAGAGCAGCCACCCCAGCGACCUCGCCGUCAUGCAAGUGUCCAGCUCUGUGCUACCGCUACCGAUUCAAGAAGACGCGGACAGUGACGCGGAGGACUUGGAGCUGUACUUCACAGACCCGCAGCAGCUCCUGGACAUCUUCGCCGAGCUGGAGGAGCAGAACCUGUCCCUGAUCCAGAACACACAGGAGAUGGAGGAGACCCUGGAAGAUCUGACGCGCACCCUGAAAUCCACACAGAACCGCAUGGACAGGGAAGUGAAGCAGCUAAAGCAUUGGAUCACCACAAUGAUGAAGUCCAUUGACAAGGAGGAAGAGAUGGCUGCUGAGCUGCAGUUCAAAGCCCGCGUCUUCCACUUUGGGGAGUAUAAGGCUGACCAGCAGGACAAGCUGCUGGAGAGCCUGAACCAGAAGGUGCAGAACGUGUACAAGAAUUGCGUGGGCCCGCAGCAGGAGACCAGCCUGAGCACGGUGCAGAUGCUCACUGUGGUAGAACACCUGCUAGACGACCUGCUGGAGAACCUGGAGCGCGUGCCACAAGCCAAGAUCGAGCAGGCUGGAAAGGCCAAGGAGAGGGAGCGGCGUCAGAGGCUGCGGGAAGAGAAGGCCAGAAUGCAGAUGCUUCUGCAAGAGGAGCGGAUGAAGCGGGCGCGGGCACGGGCGCAGGCUCAGAUCAAGAAGAAGAGAGGCCGGAAGCUGGUGUGCCGCUCCCAACCCCCGGUGGAGAAGGUGCAGGAGGAGUCGGAGCACGUGGAGGUGGACAAGGACAAGGAGGAGCUGCUGUUCUUCUUCACUUAGUCCCACGGGCCGCGCUGGUGUGGCGAAGGCUCGGGUGGCGGCUGUGGAUGGAGAGGCCAGGAAGGCUCUGAGGACCCCGACUCCAUACUCAGGGUUCCUAGGGCGCGUCCACACUCACGUGAAAUAAACUCUUCUCA